UGUGCCUUGUAUUUACACAAUGCGAUAGAGUAGUGUGUAAGUAUUGGUAAUGGUCAAGUUAAAUGAGACAGACUAUAGUGGAAGUGGUAAAGCUUUCAGCUUUCUCAACUUAUGUUCAAGUUGAACUUGAAAGUUCAAAGCACGCGUGAAUAUAUGUGGCAAUGUUGCUUUCAAACUUCGGCGAUGAAUUAUGAAACGAAGUAAUCUCAUCUAUCGGAAUCGUAAUAAUAAAUAAUCAAAGAGUUUAGUUACAAGUAGAGGUAGAAAUUCAACAAUAUGGAUUUGAAGUUAUGAAAUUCGCAAUUCCAGCACUUCGUCGUUAGACAGCUUAUAGUUUUCUAUGAGGGCAAAUAAAAAUCAUAUCAACAGUACGAAUGGAAAUUCUAGCAGGCAAAACUCGAACGAAAGUGAAUCGCUGCAGUCAUCGCUGUCAAAUUUAAGAUCGACUUCGACGGAAUUAUCCGAUAAUAAGCUCUCAGUUCCUACAGCCGAUGUAAUGAAGCGAGCCACAGUUGAAGAAGAAAUCAAAAGCUAUUUCUACAUGCUUACUGAUGGAUGCGGUGAUGAAAAUUGUGAUAAUGAAAACUGCGUUUCCAGUGGCAAGAUCACACCUCAAUCUCCUAAUCGAGCUGCUGCUUCUGCUCUUCAUUUACAACGAAAUCGAGCCAAAUUAUGCGAUCGUCAUGUGUCGAAGAUUCCUCGUACCAAGUCACCUACACCGUCGCAAGCUUCUCAAUCGACAAAUAAUGCCAGUAAUGCAGAAAAUGUAACGUUCGCUUACAUGUUCCUGACUGAAAAUGUGGUCAGAGGGAUUGUCAACACGUGCCAAAACGAAUCAAGGUAUUCGCAGUUGGUUGCUACCUUAUUGGAUGUAUUUUCAAAAGCGGACACAUUGGCUAAAAGUUUCCUCAAAGUUGAAUGCCCUCUUAGGCUCGAUAAUUUCUCACCCGAAGAUCUCGUUGGAUUGGAUAAAGAAAAACUCAGGGAACUUGAAGGUGAAAUGGAAAAGGAUAUAGACUGUUCCCAAAGUUCUCGUAGUUUUGAUUGGACUUCUGAUGAAAUUCGUAUCGAUUUUUUCGCCUUGAAGAAAGCUUACGAAAAUGUUUUCGAACUUCCUAGUCAUGUUUACGAAAGUGCAUUGAUUAAAGCUUUAGGUAUUUUUGCAGAGAACACAGAAUUAGAACUAAAUGUAGAACUGAAAGGUAAACUGAAUAAUCCGGAGGAGAUGGAGAAAUACGUUAUCGCUUUUCUCAUCGUAUUCGAAAUACCUGCUUUAAGCAGUCCUGAAUUUCUACAGAAAGUGUUACCUCCGCUUUGUAAAGCUAUGAAUUACUUACCGGUGUCAGCUUUGGCCAGAAUUUGUCGAGUGUGGGCUCGAUAUUGUCGUGACAGUUUUAAAAAUAUUUUGAAUUUGUUACACCAGCUGAUUACAAUGAGAACUAUCGAAAGUUGCAGUAACAAGAAGUAUCUUUUGCAAGAUAACGUUGACAUUGUUUCAGCUACCAAAGUUAUGAAAGUUUUGUAUUACGCUAAUGCCCUCGCUGGACAAAUGGAAUCGCCUGAGACUACAAAAGAUGAAGAUUACGAUAAAUACGAAUCAGAAUUGAAAAAUGGUCUUUUUGGCGAUAUCGACUUGAGAUAUUCGUAUUACCAAAGCUUCACAUUUACUGAAGAUCCUUUAGCCAAAGAAUUAAAACUUGAUCUCAUCGAUUGUAUUACACCUUUUCUACCAUUUACCGAAUUUUACAACGAACCACUCAGCGAUGCCAUUGAAAUGGAUAAAGAUUACUCCAACUAUAAAAAUGCUUUGCGUAACGAAGGUGCGUCAUCAUCUCGUUCCGAAAGCAAAAGCAUCGAUCAGCUGUUCAGCUUCAUGACUCAUCCUUUUAUCCUAACACCGGCCACGAAAACCCUCGGGUUAUUUUACGAUAACAGAAUACGCAUGUAUAGUGAAAGGAAAAUCUGCGUGCUUCAAGCUAUGGCUGGUCAUCCUCCUAAUCCUUACUUGAAAUUGAAAAUUCGUAGAGAUCAUUUGAUUGAAGAUGCUCUUAUGAGGUUGGAAUUAUCGUGCCAUGAGAGCCCUCAAGAUUUCAAGAAACAGUUGAUGGUUGAAUUUGAAGGUGAACAGGGAAUGGAUGAAGGUGGAAUAUCCAAAGAAUUUUUCCAACUCAUUGUCGAAGAAAUAUUCAAUCCGGAUUAUGGAAUGUUUGUUUUCGAUUCCGAUACGCAAACUUGUUGGUUUAAUUCGACAUCUUUCGAAAACGAAUCUCAAUAUAAGUUGAUUGGCCUGGUGCUAGGAUUGGCCAUUUAUAACAGUAUUAUUCUAGAUGUUCGUUUCCCCAUGGUCGUCUAUAAAAAAUUACUAGGAAAGAAAGGCAUUUUUAGCGAUCUAGAAGAUUUUAAUCCGGUGAUAUAUAAUUCGUUGAAAAGUUUGCUCGAUCAUCAAGACGACGAUGUUGAAGACGUAUACAUGCAAACUUUUCGUAUAAGCUUUACGGAUAUUUUUGGCAACGUUGUGUACCACGAUUUGCUCCCGGAGGGUGAUAAAAUUCCAGUAUCGCUAUACAAUAAAAAGCAUUUUGUCGACUUGUACGCUGAUUUUCUUCUCAAUAAAUCGAUCUCCAAGCAAUUCAAUGCGUUUAGAAAAGGAUUCCGUAUGGUCACAGACGAAUCUCCGAUGAAGUAUUUAUUUAGACCGGAUGAAAUUGAAAUACUGAUUUGCGGUAGUAAGAAUUUCGAUUUCAACGAAUUACAAGAAUCAACUCGUUACGACGGCGGUUACGAUUCAUCGACCCAAAUCAUCAAAAACUUCUGGGAGUUCGCUCACUCAUUGUCGCUCGAAAACCAAAGAAAAUUAUUACAAUUUACCACCGGUAGUGAUCGAAUUCCAGUUGGAGGUUUAGGCCAAUUACACAUGAUUAUCGCCCGAAACGGGCCAGAUUCCGAUCGGUUACCAACUGCUCACACAUGCUUUAAUGUACUUUUAUUACCUGAAUAUAAUACCAAAGAAAAACUCUGCGAUAGGCUAAUGAAAGCCAUAAAUUAUUCCAAAGGUUUCGGAAUGUUGUGAACAAAUCGCUCGGAUUUUCAAUUCAUUCCAAACUACUCGUUCUUUUGCUGCUAUAUGAACAAACAGAACAGGAACGAUUUGUUAGAAAAUAUGUACGUACAUCGAAUUCGUAAAUUUGAUAAUUAUUUACUAUAUGUAUGUAAAAGUUCGUGUGUACAACUCAUGAACGAAUUUAUUUUUGAAGUUGAAACGAAACAUUCGGUUAAAAAUGAAGUUCAACUUUCACUGUAUUCAAAAGUACAAAAGUUUUUGCUUAUUACACAUUUAUGGUUAAAAAAUUAAUGUGGCACUAUUACUUCAUAAGCAAACUGUAUCACAUUUUAAUAGUUAGGUAUAUUUUUAUUAUUCAUCUGGCUGUGUUGAUUCAUCAAAACAUUUUUAUCAUUAGGAGUUUACAGUCGCGUAUAAUGUUUUUUUUUAUACGUUUAAACGCCAAAAGCGAUUAAGUGUGAUGUUAUAUUGUAUAAAGCUUUUAAAUGUCUGUUUUACUCAUUAUAUAUUUUAUGAUUUUUAAUUUAUAUUACGAUACCUGGUGACGGACUGUUUCUUUUUGCCAGUACCAAGUAUAGCCUAAAUGAACUGAAGUUUGUAAAUUAAUGUUGCGAUUGCGAAAAAUUGAUAAGGAAAGAAAACAAAAACUCCUUCUUACGUCAGUUACGUUAGUGAAUUUAUUUUUAAAAAUCUCAAAAUAUUUCUGUGUAUUACACAGAUAUAGCCUCAUGCAAAACGAUGGCAUUUAAUUAUUUAUUAUCUAUCUAACUAACUAACUAACUAGGUAACUAAUUAGUAAUUAAUUAAGGACGAAAAUACGAAAGAAAAGAAGAGAAGGAAAAUUUUUCUGUUAUGUAUUCUGUUCGCAACAUUAACGUCAUCUAUGCAAAGUGCCCCUGAUUGCCAGAGGUCCUGGUUUUUGCCUGAAGUCCCUCUCCCUUCCCUUUCCAGUAUUGUUGUUUAUUUCAUGGAGUUCUCGAAAGUGCAGUCCGUUCCAGCGCCUCGUGUUUCGUUUUUGUGUUUGUAAUAAUUUGUGUAGCUAAUAUUGUAAUAAAUUUUAAUAAAUA